GGCGAUUGUUGUGUCAUUCUAACCUCAUUUAUUUGUUGUGAUUUAGAAAUAAAACACCACAAAAGUCAUGUUUUCCACAAAUUUGAGCCCAAUUAAGGUCGAAGUGAAGGAGGAAAGAUUUGAGGCAUUGAGACUGUAUCACGGAUGCGAGAAAUGCUCAUUCAAGACAAAACUCUUAUCCAGGUUAAGAAGCCAUGCAAGAAUUCACGAAAACAGGAAACAACAAAUGAAUUGUUCAAGUGGUGACCUUGAAAAUUACAAAUGUCACAAAUGCAAAACAUUUGAAACACAYUUCUUGUCACAACUGAGAUGUCACAUUGUUCAAGGUCACACAUCACAYCAUGUCGAAUCCAUAACCUACAAGUGUCUCAAGUGUGAUUUCAAAUCGUUCUCGCAAUUACUAAUUUUGAGACAUUCUGUUUUUACCCACCAGCGACGAAGAAAACGGGAAAAGGGGGACAUUCUCAAAUGUACAGAUUGUGAUUUCAAAACAAUGUAUGUACGCAAUUUGAAAGCACAUUUGAUCAAUAGACAUACAGAUGAUUCUGAGAUCCAAUGGUUCAAAUGUGAUCAUUGUUCAUAUAAGAGCAAAUUUAAUAGAGAUUUGAAACGUCACAAGAUCUUAAUACAUGACCCCAACUUCCGCUAUUCGUGUAAACUUUGUGAUUACAAGACUAAAAUGAAUUUCCUUUUGCAGCGACACGUGAAUUCACGUCACAACACCGAAAUUGGUGAUUCAUUGGUUUCUAGAUCUGGUGUCUACAAAUGUAAGCAUUGUGAUCACAAAACAAUGUAUUUCAGUAAUUUGAGGGCACAUAUGAUAUAUAGACAUCUGGACGAUUCCGAGAUCAAGUGGUUCAAAUGUGAAAAGUGUCAAUUCAAGGCCAAACACAAGGGUAAUUUAAAACAACACAUUUUUCUAAAACAUGACUCUAACUUCCGCUACUCGUGUAAACUUUGUGAUUACAAGGCUAAACUGAGUUCACAUUUAAAACGUCACAUGAAUGGACGACACAAAGCCAAAAAUUGUGAUUCAUUGGCUGGGGAACAUGACAUUUGCACCGAAUAUCUAAGAAAUGAAUUAGGAGAGAAGGGAGCUCACAAAUGUACAAAUUGUGAUUAUGAAACUAAAAGCUUGUCCAGUUUUAGAAAACAUGUGGUUUCUGGACAUUUGGACGAUUCUGAGAUCCAGUGGUUCAAAUGUGAAAAUUGUCAAUUUAUGACCAAACACAGGAGUAAUUUGAAACGUCACAUUAUCGCAAAACAUUCUAACACUCUUUUUCGGUGUAAAUUUUGUGAUUAUGAGUCGAAAACAAGAUACGCUUUGAAACAACACGUGGAUAAACAACAUACGGCUCCUGGUGCCCAUUGUAGUUACAAAACUAAAAAUAAAAAGUCAUUGGUUCAACAUUUAAAAUUAGAGUAUGAUAAUGGCAAACUUUAGUUGUACUGUAAUCAUUGUGAUUAAUAUUAAAUACAAUUUUUAAUAA